AUGCAAGGUGCCGCCGUCGAGGGGAGGAGCAGGGCUUCGCUGGACAAGGCUGGCGAGAGCGCCAAGAAGGUGCGGCUGGACCUGCCCGAAGGCCAUGUCAGGCAAGAGGCGGCCGGAGGAGGAGACGGAGGGGCCAUCGUCACGGCGGCAUACAGCCCGCGAGUGGAGCUCGACGGCAGGAUCGACAAGCAAGUGCUCCACUACCCCCUCUGCACCCUCCCCUUCAAGCCCCCCGUUUUCCAGUGCAAAGUGGGGCAUGUGGCCUGCGGUAGCUGCGUGGCCCAGCUGCCCUUCGGGCAGUGCAAGCCGUGUGUGGACGGCGGCGGCUUCUUCAACCCCUACCCUGCGUUGGACGCCGUGGUGUCCUCUACCAGGAUCGGGUGCCCCAACGCCGGCUGCCAAAGGUACAUGACCUACCACGAGGUUGCCGAGCACCAGAAAGCAUGCCCGCACAUGCCCUGCCACUGCACGGACCCCGGCUGCGGCUACGCCGGCGCGCCACAGGCGCUCGCCGGCCACCUCUACACUAUCCACUCGGUGCCGGUGCGCGCCGUGCAGUACGGCAAGGUCAGCAAGUUCCAGCUACCAGUGUCAGUGCCGCGGCUGGUACUCCUCGGCGACGAUAACAACCAUGUGUUUGUCCUGACCGUGGGCGCGCUGGGCGCCGGCGCGGCCGCCGUGUCGUUGGUGUGCGCCAGGGCGAGGGCAGUGACGCGGCCCCGAUUCACGUGCAAGAUGUGGGGCAACCUGGAGCCGCCCCCGGCGGCGGCGAACUGCGGCAAGGAGGACAUGGUGCUGGUGGACAUGCAUAUAAGGAGCAGCUCGUCGCCCGGCACGGUGGCCGCCGCGGACGAGCCGACGUUCCUGCUGGUGCCGCAGAUGUACCUGGUUCCAGCAGUAGUAGGGGACGGGGCGUCCAUGGAAGUUCCCCUGCACAUCCGCAUCGACAAGCUCUCCCCUUGGUCCGCGUGA